AGAUGCUGUGCAGUGUUCCGAGUGUAAUGCAUGAGGUCAUACAAUUUGUAAAGGGGGGUGGGGUGGGGGGUGGUAAAAUCCAAAAUUAAUAGAUUUAAAUGAAUUAAUAUACAUAUAUAUAUAGAUUUGUACAGGGGAUAAACAAAUAAAUAGUUCAUCUUUCUCUUUUAUCUCUCUAGUCGACGAAACCGGUUAGGUGUUUAAACUUAGGGGUGUAAAUUUAGUGCUUAAAUUUUAUAUAAUUCUUAUUUUUUGAAAAUGUCUAUUUGUAUAAUAUGCGUGUAAAUAUGUAUAUGUGUUUCUGCAUGCUUACCUUUGUGAUAUUCUAUAUUCUAUUUUGUCUGUGAUAGUCGGUUUAAGAGUUCUGUAGAGCAUAUGUUAUUUGUAAAACUUCUGUUUGUAGGACACAGUGCCGACUUCAAUAAGAUUUACUUACUUACUUAUUUACUUACUUACUUAGGUAAGGAUGGUUUAUUCAAUACUCUCCCAUAUUCCUGCUUUCCGUAGUCUUGAAGAAAAAAAAAGAUAUGGGUUAUAUCUGUUGUGAUAUACAUUCCAUGAUAAUGUUGAGUCCUCAUGUAGCAUUUCUGUCUUUUAACAACGCAAGGUUAGGGUUAGAUUCUCCUCACUUCACAUGUUUAUCAGUUUAUCAACUCUCUCUCUCUCUCUCUCUCUCUCUCUCUCUCUCUCUCUCUCGUAAUUUCUCGUAUUUAGCAGUAAACAUAAUCAGAUUGAUUUCUAAUCCAGAGCCCAAACAGAGCAUUUAAGGAGAAUUACAUGCCUAAAGGAAAGACAACCAAAAGAAUCAAUAGUCACACACAAAAAAAAUUCGGUGUUGUAGCAUAGGACCCCCCCCCCCCCCUCUAGACUUUCCUCCGGAAAAACGGGCACGGGAUAGAUUUUUUCUCAUGGGGGGGGGGGGGGGGGUAGCAUAUAAUUUCCCUUUAUGCACAACAGGCUCCUGUUUCCGGAUUUCAUAGUCCGGAAUUUUUUGUCGAAUCGACAUGUGAAUGAAAAUGAUCAUUAUAGAUAGAUAAAACGUUGUCGAUAUAUCUAAAUGUCGAGUUGAAGGCCACAGCAAGAGAUUUUUUCAUCUCCUGUAGAAGCUUUUGAAUAAAUAUAGAAUGAAGCAAACUCAUGCAAUUGUAGAUAAUAAUCAAUGAAGUUUAUUAUCAUUUCUAUAAAGAUGUACAUAUUCAUAAAAUGAAAGAAUAUAUAAAAAAAAUUUCAGACGUGGAAGUUGAGUUUGCACGCUGAAAACUUUAAAUUACAUAUAAUAUUGCGCAUAGUAGACACAAUAUGCUUCCAAAAAGACUUUAACGAUGGUCAAUAUCAUUAGGGUUUGUUUUGUUGUUGUAAAAAGUUGACUAAAAUCUAUAUACAAUUAAAAUAUCUGAAAAGUAAAACAGAUGCACUGUAUGAAUAAAAGUAAUUUAAUUUUCCCAUUUAUUUAAAUAUACGAAAAUUUUAAUUAAAAAAUCAUUAACUUCUUCCCAACUUCACUAAAUUUCAAAUGUCAUCUAUACUAGUGACGAAAGGCAAAGACUUAAGAUGAAAUCAUGUCUGAAUGAAUUUUGAUAUACCAUUACAAGAUUUGAAUAAUUUCCUUUUAAAAAAAACCCCCCAGAAGAUGUAAAUAAGCAAGAUAAUUCUAGUAAUAGAACUGGAAACGGAUACAUAGCUAAAUUGGGUUUUUAAACAAAAAAAAGGGGGGACUAUCAUUUAGGGGGGGGGGGGGGAUUCUAUACUGGGACGGUUUUUCCUAAGGGGGAAAUUGGUCCCAGGUUAAUUCUUACUAGGGAGGGGGGGUUCUAUACCAGGCCCAUCUAUUUAUCAUGUUGUUAAUUUAAAUCUUGUCUGUAAUCAAUAUUUCAUAUAUAAUUAGAGAUAUGUGCAGUGCAUAAGUGUGGACUCUGUCAGUGUUACCGGUAGUACUUCUGAAUGAUUGUUAUUUAUUUUCAUAUGCUUGUUAUAACCUGUACAUGCCCCCCGAGGGCCCUUGGUUGGUGAAUAAAAACUAUAUAUAAUAAUUUCAGUAAUAAACAAAAACUGCCAGUUCUGACGGGAUAUCAAAUUGUGAAGAUGUUAAAAUUUAAGGCAUGAAAACAUUUGUUGGUUAUACUUAAUUUUACGUUAGUGUUUGCUCCUUCAGAUGAUGCUAUAUCACUGAUUUUCAUUGUUUAGAUCAGACGAAUCCUUUUCCGAACAUGCACAUCUUCGUUUACUGGUUUUAUACGCAUCUUUUUUUUUUUUUUUUGGUAUUUCUUUUCUCAUAUAGGCCCUAUUUAUAAUUUGUCUCAUUUUUGACUCUAGAUAAGAAAUUCAAACAUGUAUAACAUUUCUACAAGGCGAAUACAUCAUAGUACCAAUUACCUAUUGAAAAUGCAUCAAUAUUCAUACGCAUUAUAAUGAUUUAUAUGAAAAUAAUAUAGAAAGAUUAAAAAACAUAUUUACCAAAAAAAAAAAUUGAAUUAAAAUAAGAAUUAUCUUGGUAUAAAAAAGCACAUCGCAGAGAACUGCACAAUCGCAAUUCAUGACAUUGGGACUAUUUUUAGCGGGAUUUGUUUACUAUAGCUUAGUAAAUUGACCAUAUAGCAACCAAAAGAUAGUUAGAACGAGUAAUUUUUGGGUAAAGUUUGUUAAAUACAUUCAAAAUGAGUAUGUCAACAACUUUAAGGUACGAACUGAACACUGGUAACAAUAUGACAGAGGCAUUUCUCAAACAACAAGAGAGAAUUCAGAAAGAUGAAAUGAUGGCAGACAGAGAGAACAUUGUUAGACUAGAGAAAAAUACAAACUUAAGAGCAGAAUGGAAUGAGAAUUUGGAGAAGGUAUCUUGGAAUAAAAGAAUACAAAAUGAAAGCAAAAGAAUUCAAGAUGAAGUUCGACUUGCUGCCAAAGCUGCCAUUGUGGUCAGAAGGAAAGCUCUAAGGGAGCUAAUCGAGAAAGAGAUGGAAAUGUUUGAACAGGAACUUAGCUUACAGGGUAAAACAUUCUUCAAGCAGAGGAUAUGAAUCUCUUUCAGUCUCAGAGUAUGGAUUAAGUGUGGGAUCGUGAAAACUAAGAAGAAUCUUCACAUGAAAAUUCUGUUUCAGUGAGAGAUGUAUCAAAAUUUAACAGCAUUUUGUCUUUCUUUUUCUUCCCUCAUCUUUGAGGAUCUUGAACAGAAGUACAUGUAACUUGCCUUCAUACAAAAUCUAUAAUGCUAUACUGCUGAUACAGUGUAUUUGUCUAUUGUUUGCCUUAAUCAUACAUUGUAGAUUUUGAUAAAUAGUAUAUAUAUACAUCCACAGAGCAUUAAUUAUGUUAAUGUCUAAAAUGUAUUGGUCAGAUUGGGUGUCAUAAUUCAGCUGUACAUGUAUGUUAUGACAAUGUUGUAUGUUAGUCCUUUGAUGAUAUACUAUUGUACUUGUAUUUUCUUCAUGAAAGAAGUUCAAGACUUAAGUGUUUCAACAAACAACAUAGACUGAUAACACAGACUGAUAUGAUAAAAAGCACCAAAGUCUUGUUGAAUGAAUUUAAUACAUAGAAUAUAAAAUGACAUGCAUAUGUUAGACAUGAUUUUUUUUGGUGUUUCUGUGCCUGAUAUCUUUAUCUGUGAUCUUUGAAAUAUUAAUUCCUUUGUGCAUUACUAGGCAUGAGUACGAGAACAAUUUUUUGUUGAUGAUAUUGUAUACAUAUAUAUUCCUAUAGAAAUAAAACUUCAAAGUGUUGAACAAUUUUGAUGUAAUACAAUG